CGAGCAACUGCGCCUUGCACCCGCACCGUGUUAUCACAGGCCGAGCACAGCUCAUCAAGGCACAUGCAUUCGGGCCUCGGACCGCUACUACUUGCUGUGUGACCUGCCAUCAGGCCUGGAGUGACAGUAGGAUCAGUAUGGCUGCCUUGACCGGCGCAGCUGGCGCGGCGGAUCGGACGCUGAUCGCCUUGAUUGCAGAUGAGGACUCGACAACUGGUCUGCUAUUAGCAGGGAUAGGCAACAUUGACCAGCAUGGCAAGAAAAACUUUUUCAUUGUGGACAGCAAGACGCCAACAUCAGAGAUCGAAGCGUCCUUCCUAGAGUACACGUCCGAACGCAAAGAUAUAGCAAUCCUUCUAAUCAAUCAACACAUCGCCAACAAGAUCCGGCCCAUCGUCGACAAGUACACCCAAGCGUUUCCGGCCUUGCUCGAGAUCCCGGCGAAGGACCACCCAUACGAUCCUUCAAAGGACUCAGUGCUUAGGCGUGUGCAAAAGCUCUUCGGCGAGUAACUCUUCCACCGCGCAUUCCCAUCCCCGGCAGCUUGUCUCGCUGCACAUGUAUGACCCCUCCUGCCAGGUAUCUGUAUUUUGUCAUGACCUAACUCAACCCUUCUCUUUAACCCACCAAUCCGCAAUUGAAGGCAUUUAGCAGGCAAGGUGAUUGCAAUGCAAAUGAUCAUGAUUUCUUGGUGCUUCUACAUGUCAAAUUUGAGAGGCCAAUUCUGGGUGCGAUUACGGUCGGAAGCUUUUCGCUGGAAGUUGCGAAAAUGUACCGUGGAACUUUCAUGGCCAGCUCGUGUCUAUUGGUAAUGUCAUGCAGGUCAU